AUGGCUGACAAAAAACCUUCAGGCUUCCGUUUUCGCCUUCCUUGGUUGCCAAAACCAGCACUAACAACUAGUCCUGCUGUUUCUCCUGAGCCACCGUCCCAACCAACACGCUCUGCUCCGCCUACCCAACCACCACGCACCACCACUCAAACCUCUGCUCAACGACCACCAUUUCGGCCUCCUGGGAAAGCACCAGCACCGGCAGCACAACCAACAGUAGCUACGCCGGCACCAGCAUCACCAAGACAAUCCCCACCACAGUCAGUUUCACCGCCACAACCACCACCACCACCAUCUGUUCCAGCUAAGUCACCAGUGAUCAAAUCUCCAAUUGCUAAAAGUGUUGGAAUCCAGCCUACAAAAGAAAUUGAAGCCACCACCGAAACCACACCAGCUCUUGAAACCCCGGGUUUGGCUACCCCACCUCAAAGAUCACCACUCAGGUCACCUAGGCGAGCUCAAUCCCCACCUAGUCCCCCGCAAACUCCACCACCAUUCAUUCUAACAGAGUCCUCACCACCCGAAUCUCCAAUGGCUAAAACUAUUGAAACUGUCGCAGCCCAGCCUGCAAAAGAUUCUCAAACCCUCACCGAAACCAUGCCAACUAGGGAGAUGCCAGGUCCAGCAACCACUCAUCAAAGAUCACCACUCGGACCACCUAAGCAAGGUCAACCACAGCCCGGUCAUCCUCAAACUCCACCACCAUCAAAACCCGAUUCACAACCGUCUUCCCCAUCACGCUUGCAUACUCCACCACAACCCAACUCUCAAGAUUUAUUGCCAUCUCAUAUGGUGGCUCAACCCAAUGUCCCAACCAGCCCCUCCUCAUUGUCCCCUGAACCCACAAGAACACGAGCCACCACUCACCCGCUGUCCACUCCUCCUAAAUCCCCAUCUAGAUCACCAUCACCUACCACUAAAAUCACUAGUGAAUUUGCAGUAAUCAAAAGGCCAACUAAAACAUCAGACGAAAAGUUUCCAAACGAUUCAAAUCUGAAAGGCCCAGAAACCGAAGCCAUGAAUCUACAUAAAUUUGAAACAAAAUCUCAAAAAGCAAAACCAACAAGCACAACACGACUUCCCCUGCACAGAGAGAUCAAAGACGACAUUUCACAGCUCAUUAACAAAAUACUAGCAACAAGCUUGCCAAAGCAACAUAUAGAUGAAAAACAUGCAAGUAUCAUCACACUUGCUGGCGAAAACAAUGGUGCAUCAAUGCAUUUAGCUUCAGAUAGUUCAAUAAAACCAGAUUCAAAACUUGGUGAUCAUUAUAAUAAUCAGGAAACUACUAAAGCAAUUCUAAAUAGCAAUGCUCAAGGAGUCAACAACUCAAUGAUGUUCAACAGUUCUGCUACUGAAAGGAAUCCAGGUGUUCAUCUACGUAUCUCGCGUGAUUUACCAAAUAUUAAUGAUUCGGAUAUGAGUGAUACUGAUUCAAUGGAGAUGCAAAGGGCUGAAGUUAACCUUAUUCCACCACAGAAACUUGUCUACAAUCCGGCAUUCGGAAUUGAUGAUGAUCUUGAAAUAUCUGUGAGCACUGGCAAUGAAAUUAAAGUUUUAUGA